AUGCAUCCUUGCCUGCCCUUCCUCCUCCUCUGCUUGGCCGCCGCGCUGCCGCUGGCCUCGCCCACCUCCAACCCCGACGUCGCGCUGCUCCUCACCAAGGUGAAGCCCGCGCUGCAGGGCCAGCGGCCCAACGCGCAGCUCGCUUGCGACGCCGCCUCCUCCUCCCGCAACCUGUCCCUCGCCUCCGACCCCGCUCUCCUCCUCGUCUCCAUCCGCCUCCCCGCCGCCGCGCUCGCCGGUCGCCUCCCGCCGGACCUCGGCGCCUUCUCCGCGCUCGACUCCGUCUACCUCGCCGCCAACGCCCUCUCGGGCCCCGUCCCGCUCGAGCUCGGCAACGCGCCGUCGCUCUCCGCGCUCGACCUCGCCGGGAACCGCCUCGACGGGGACCUGCCCACCUCCAUAUGGAACCUCUGCGACCGCGUCACCGAGCUCCGCCUCCACGGCAACGCCCUCACGGGGGCCGUCCCGGCGCCGGCCGGGCCCAACACCACCUGCGACCGCCUCCGCGUCCUUGACCUCGGCGCCAACCGCUUCUCCGGCGGCUUCCCUGCGUUCCUCACCGCGUUCCGAGGCCUCUAG